GAAGAGCAGACACAGGUCGAGUUGUUCGUCAAGGCCGGAAGUGAUGGUGCCAAGAUUGGGAACUUCCCCUUCUCUCAAAGACUUUUCAUGGCACUCUGGCUUAAGGGUGUCACCAUCAAUGUCACCACUGUAGACACCAAGAGGAGAACAGAGAUAGUACAGAAGUUGCGUCCUGGAGGUCAGCUCCCAUUUUUACUGUAUGGCAAUGAAGUAUACACAGACACUAACAAGAUUGAAGAGUUUCUGGAGGAGGUGCUGAGUCCCCCUAGGCACCCCAAGUUGGCAGCAAAGAAUCCAGAAUCUAACACAGCUGGCCUAGAUGUCUUCGCCAAAUUUUCUGCCUGCAUCAAGAAUUCAAACCCAACUCUCAAUGCCAACUUGGAGAAGGGGCUAUUGAAAGCCCUGAAGGUUCUGGACAAUGAUCUGACAUCACCACUUCCAGAGGAGAUUGAUGAGACAAGUGCAGAAGAUGAGGCUGUCUCCCACAGAAAGUUUCUGGAUGGUGAUGAGCUUACAUUGGCUGAUUGCAACCUACUGCCCAAGCUUCACAUCAUACAGGUUGUAUGUAAGAAAUAUCGGGGAUUUUCUAUCCCAGAAGAGUUUCAAGGGGUGCAAAGAUAUCUCUGCAAUGCUUAUGCCAGAGAAGAUUUUGUUUCUACCUGUCCAGAUGCUGAGAAGAUGGAGAUAGCCUAUGAGAUCAUAGCCAAAGCCCUACAGUAG